AUGGCAAUUGCAGGAACCAAGAGGGCUAACUGGAAGACAACAAUAAUAGAGCGCUCAAGAAGAGCUCUUAUAUAUGAGUACAUGCCAAAUGGUUCUUUGGAGAAGUAUAUUUACUCUGAGAAACCCAAAGAAACUUCAGGGUGGCAAAAGCUCUAUUCAAUAGCAAUUGGGAUUGCUCGUGGCCUAGAAUACUUGCACCACAGUUGUAAUACACGAAUAGUGCACUUCGAAAUCAAACCUCAAAAUAUCCUUCUAGACAAGGACUUUUGCCCAAAAAUUACUGAUUUUGGUUUAGCUAAAUUGUGUCAUGCAAAGGUUAGUAAGCUUUCAAUGACUGGUGCUAGAGGUUCAAUUGGAUUCAUUGCUCCUGAAGUUCACUCCCAAACCUUUGGAGUUGUCUCAACAAAAUCAGACAUUUACAGUUAUGGAAUGAUGUUGCUAGAGAUGGUUGGAGGCAGAAAAAACGUGAAAUCAGUGGUUCAAAAGUCUAGUGAAAAGUAUUUUCCACAUUGGAUUUAUGAUCACUUUGCCCAAGAAGAUGGAUUACAUGGUUGUGAUGUCACAAGUGAAGUGGAGGAAAUUGCCAGAAAGAUGACUCUAAUUGGUCUGUGGUGCAUCCAAAUUGUACCUAUGCAUCACCCUACCAUAACCAAGGUUUUAGAAAUGUUCGAAAGAGACUUAAACAAACUGGACAUGCCACCAAAGCAGAACUUCAGUCAAAUACUGUAA